GAGAUCCGCCUCUCCGUCCGCGCGGCUGCAGAUGCUGUCUGGCGCGCGCGCUUACCGGAGCUUGUGAGGAUGUGGAGACGUUUGGAGAGGCUGCUGUGAUUCAGGAAUAGGACGCGCGUGAUGACGCUGGCGCGCGCCUGAACACUGCCGGACCUGCCCCGCGCGCGUCUCUUCGGGUCGGAGCUCCUGCAGCGUCGCAGCAUGGAGAAGCUGUGCGUCAUGGCCGUGGUGCUCGGCGCGCUUUGCUCUCGGAGUUCCGCGGCGCCAAACUUCUCCUCCGCGGAGUCCGAACAUCAAACCGAGGAGCUAAACGAGGAGCUGGAGGGCCGGGAGAGCAUCCUGUCUAAGCUGCUGGCCGACUACCAUAAGGUCAAGGCGCUCUCGGAGGGCUCUGACUGCCGCUGUAAAUGCGUGGUGAGGCCGCUGAGCAGGAGCGCGUGCCGCCGGCUGGAGGAGGAGGGGGGCGCGGCGGACGCGCGCGACUUCUACACGGUGGAGACCAUCACCUCCGGCCCGUGAUGGAGCGCAUGGAUCGGAUUGAGAAGGAGAUCCGAUCUCCUGAGCAGGCGGUGCCUUUGAAUCGCACCGAGGAUGAGACUCCUCCCACCCCACCAGAAGGGUCUGAAGCCCCGCCCACUCCUCUUCAUCCUGAGGAGGAGGUGCUUGGCGAGGUCAGCAGGGCAGCAGCAUUCCUGAAUCCAGAGGAAAAGCAUGAUGGGAAGUUUUCUGCAGAGAACUCCCCAACAGACGCCUCGGAGAGCGUCGGCGAGAUCGGAGCAGAGGCGACUCCAGAGAACCGCAGGAACACAGACGCUCCUCAGGGGAAGACCAACCCCAACGGAAUGAUCAUCCGCGGGAUGACCUUCUACAAAUCGGAUCAGGACGCCAUGGUGGCCGACGAUGGAGAACCCGGAGAGAACCUUUUUGAAUACCACGAGUUCAGCGGCGACGGCCCGACCAGCCUCUUCAUCGAGGAGAACCUGCUUCUGCACCGACCCCCCCGGCCCAGGACGAGGUCAGGAUGGAGGUCACUGAAGCUGAAGGCCGCGGGUCACGUGGAGGACUCCAAGAUGAUCCGCCCAAAACCAGAACCGAGCUCAGAAAGUCCUCCGACGGCGAGGAACGUUGGGACAACUCCAUCAGAAACGCCGGCGGUCGACUUCACACGCAGAAACGGGACGGAGGAGAACCUCGGCUCCACUUCCCGACCCAAUGAGACGUGGAUGACCCCAAAAGCCACGCCCACUUCAGAGAAUUCAACCUCCAGACUUCAGUCGUCAACCCGGCCGACGUCGGCUCCAGAACGCCUCACCACCUUCACUCAGACGGAUCCUUCCGCAGCACAAACCAGUUCCACCUUUUCUCCAGACUCACCUGGGACGGCCUCCUCUACAGAAACCCCGCCCACACUCAGAAAAGCUGCCGCCGUCAGGCAGAAAUACAAAAUAAACUGGGAAGAAGACGAGGAGGGAGAUCUGGACGCCGACGAACCCCAGCAGACGGAUCAGAAGACGACUUCCAGGAAAGCAGGCGAAUGCAAAGACACUCUGGCCACCAUCUCGGAGCCGGUCACCCAGAACACCUACGGCCGGACCGAAGGCGCCUGGAUGAAGGACCCACAAUCCUCGGAGGAGAAGAUCUACGUGACAAACUUCUACUACGGGAACAACCUGCUGGAAUUCCUCAACCUGGAGGUUUUCCAACGAGGCCGUCCCACCAACUCCUACAAGCUGCCCUACAACUGGAUCGGCACCGGCCACGUCGUCUACGGCGGCGCCUUCUAUUACAACCGCGCCUUCUCCCGUGACAUCAUCAAGUUCGAGCUCCGGCGGCGGCAGGUGGCGGCGUGGAGCAUGCUGCACGACGCCCUGCUGGAGGAGUCCUCCUCGCCGUGGGAGUGGCGCAGUCACAUAGACUUCGCCGUGGACGAGAGCGGCCUGUGGAUCAUCUACCCGGCCAUGGACGACGAGGGCUUCCUGCAGGAAGUGGUGGUUCUGAGUCGCCUGGACCCGACCGACCUCAGCGUGAGGAAGGAGACCACGUGGAGGACCGGCCUGAGGACCAACAGCUUCGGAAACUGUUUCAUGGUGUGCGGCGUCCUGUACGCCGUCGACAGCUACAACCAAAGAGACGCCAACCUGGAAUACGCCUUCGACACACACACCAGCACGCAAAUGACUCCCAGAAUGCCGUUCAUCAACAACUACACCUACACCACCCAGAUUGACUACAACCCCCGAGAGGGGCUUCUGUACGGCUGGGACAACGGACACCAGGUCACGUACAACAUCAAGUUCGCCUACGUUGACCCCUAAACUUUAUUUUUUUGAAAACUUUUAUGGAUUGUAGAUCAGUCCGGAAAACGUCGAUCCUGAAGACAGAUGAGGUCAUCUGGACAUUUAAAGCUCCUAUACGGCUUAAGGUCGCUCCUGUGAGGAGUCCAGCGGCGUGCGGAGCGGAGCACGCCACAUUUCCUCCUUCAUGUUUGAUACUUCAGGAUCAGAUGACAGACGUCCUCCAUGCUGGACUCACAGAGACGCAGGUGGAGAAUGGCUCUGAUUGAGCUGUAAUUGUCUGAUUGCUGAAAGCUAUCAGAGUGUCUUCUUCUACAACUUUCUUAUAUUUUAUUAUUAUAUUUUCUUAUUCCGUCAAAUUUUCCGCGCGCUUCUACAUGAAAGGAGCUUUUACGUUGCAAUCAAAAGUACUUUAUAAAGCUCUGCCGUGAGAAUGAUGGUAUUACGUUCAGUACCAAAAGCUGAUUUAUAGGUAAUAUUCUUCUGACAAAAAUAGAAAAUGAAUUAGAUCAGGGGUCCCCAAACCUUUUCAUGUGAGGGCCACAUUCUUCUGUGAUGGGGGGUCGGGUCGGUUUGUAGCCUAACAGGAAAAGUGUAACAAUCACAGCCUAAACGUAAAGAUUUAUGUUUUUUCAGAAAGCCACACAAAACAAAAUUUUAAAUAAUUCAUUUCCGUAAUCGUCAUUAAAAAAUAAUAU